AAGAAAGAAACGACGGAAAGAAAAACAGCAGCAACAGCACAUAUGAUCAUACGUGUUCACAAAGAGACAAAGGAAACAGAGAAAGUUUGAGGCUCCAACCCAGACACUCACUAUUAUCCCCAUCUUCCACCGCCAUGGAUGCAUCGAGAGGAUGCUGGGACAGCUGCUUUAUUGAGGAUGAUUUGCCACAGAUGGAUGGCACGUGUGAUGCGUGUGAACCGGACGAGCCUCAGUCAGCUGCUUGGAUGUGCACACUCUGUCGCUUUGCCUUCUGCUCCAGCCAUGCAGACAAACAUUCACAAAGCACUGGUCACCAACUCCAGCCGUACAGCACCCCAGACCCUCAGGCAGAGCGUGGGCCACCGAAAGACUGCCAGGUGUCUGAAAACGCAGCAGAGGGGGCGGAGGCCACCAGUAAUGAUGAGCAUAAACCAUCACUCCAGACCGGAGCAGUGAAAAGAGACACUGUGACUGUGGAGAGGCUGAAAUGUAAGGAGCAUGGUCAAGAGGGUUCGCUCUACUGUAAACACGACCAGCGGGUAAUUUGUGUGGUGUGCGCUGUGCAGGGAGAGCACAGAGAACAUGAGAUUAUCACUCUCAAAGAGGCCUACCUGUGGCAGAAGAGCAAAGAAGGCAUUGACCUGCUGGAGCGCACACAUGAGAUAUCAGAGAAGAUCAAGGCCAAAUGGAUCAGCCCAGAUAUGAGUGUAGAAGAGCUGGAGCAGUAUGUGAACCAGCAGUUCGAUGAGCUGAAUAGGCUGGUUCGCCUGGAGGAGUGGAGUGUCCUGCACCUGGUGGAUCUAAAGGAGGCGUUCCUCACUGCCCAGGCUGCUGAGAAGAUUUCUGAGAUUAGUGUCCACACUGAAAAACUGCAGGAGGAAAUGGAUUCUAUCACACAACAGCUGAGUGAACUGGAUCAGACAGAGCAGAAUGGAGUCGCCCCUAUGUCCCUGGCCCCACUGUUGGCCGCUAGACCAUCACGUCCACCUGAAGCUCUUGUGGAGCGCAUGCCACUGAAUCCUGAUUUGAGGCUAAGAGCAGCCAAUCAAAGGAGGGACCCAGAAGAUCAUUCAGUAGAUGAAGAGAGAGAUGAUGCAUACAUUGGACAUGCACCCUAAAACUACUCUUUCAUUCUCCUUCCAUACCCCACUUACUGCAAUAAAAACAAACUGUAACUGAAUGUAACUGUGCUGAUCAUCAUUUCUUAAUUUUAACCAGUUAUUUGAAUACUUGCAGCUUUUAUGUGGAACCAAUUUAUUUCCUUUUUAAUGAAAGGUAAUAAAAUAAUAUGUAAAAGCUGGGAAGGCAGGAAGAAAACUUGAACACUAAAUUCCAAAAGAAUGUUUGGUAUGUUAUUUGUAUUGUGUUAAACAAACAAAAAAAGUUAUAU